GGUCGUGUGUUUCCGUAGUAACGGGAAGAGGUGUGGGCCUGGUUUUGGCUUCCCCCGUCACCCAGCCGGUGUGAAGCCCAGCCCUCGGGAAAUUCACGGCCGGCCACGGGUCAGGAAAAUGAAUAAAUCAUUGACUCCAAAAUCCUACAUCCGCCACCUGAACCAUGGGCUCAUCCAAGAACUGUCAGACAUGCUGGAUCCACAAGAUGGUUGGAAGAAACUAGCAGUAAGCAUAAAAAAGCCUACUGGAGAACUAAGAUACAGCCAGUUACAUAUAAGGAGAUUUGAAGGAGUAAUUCCUAUGGGCAAGAGCCCCACUGCUGAGCUUCUAUUUGAUUGGGGAACAACCAAUGCCACAGUUCAUGAUUUUGUAGAAAUCCUGAUCCAAAAUAAUUUUCUAGCUGCAGCUAGCUUGGUGCUUCCAGCAGAUAAAGUACCAUUGGCUAUACCACCUGAUUUAUUAGCUGGAAAAAAUGAUAACCCUAUCUGUGACUCAGCCUAUAAGCCAAUGCUACAGGUCUCUAAUAAUGAACAUACCCACCACUAUCCAGACAGCAGCACUGAGAAAGAAACUGCCUUACUGGCAAACAGUUCGGUGCCACCAUGUCCAUCUUAUGAUUGUUCAGAAACAUGUCUUCACAAUUUCAACUAUUAUGAAUUGAUGCAGAGGACUGGUAACUUUGAUGAGCGUCCAGUAUCACUUGGUGGUAGUAAGAUUGGAGAGGGGGGUUUUGGAGUUGUGUACAGAGGCUACAUAAAUAACAGGAUAGUGGCUGUGAAAACAUUGACAGCAGCACUGGAUCAGCAUAAUGUCAGCAUCGGGGAGCUGAAACUUCAGUUCAGUCAAGAAAUUAAAACUUUGGCUAAAUUGAAAAAUGAAAACCUGGUUGAGUUACUUGGCUUUUCUAAUGAUGGAGAACAUCCCUGCCUGGUAUAUGCUUACAUGUCUAAUGGAUCAUUGCUGGAUAGAUUGGCAUGUCUGGAUAACACAGCUCCACUUUCUUGGAAUGAACGAUGCAGUAUUGCUGUAGGUACAGCAAAUGGAUUAAAAUAUUUACAUGAAAAUAAUCAUAUCCAUCGUGAUGUUAAAAGUGCAAACAUCUUGUUGGAUGGUCUGUUUGUUCCUAAGAUUUCAGACUUUGGUCUUACUCGAGCAUCGUCACAUUUAAUGCAAACAAUGUUGACUGAGAAAAUUGUUGGCACAACUGCAUACAUGGCACCAGAGGCAAUGCGUGGGGAAAUUACUCCAAAGUCAGAUGUUUUUAGCUUUGGCAUAGUCUUAUUAGAAUUAAUAACAGGACUUCCACCAGUUGAUGAAUCUCGUGAACCACAAUUACUGUUUGAUAUCAAAGAAGAAAUUGAAGAUGAAGAAAUGUCUAUUGAGGAUUACACUGAUAAAAAGAUGCAGGACUGGGACUCUGUGACAAUUGACAAAAUGUACUUAACUGCAAGUCAGUGUUUAAAUGAAAAGAAGAAUAAGAGACCAGAUAUUAAAAAGGUAUAUAAUUCAUUGCAAGAGAUCUCUUCAGUUGCUUCAGAAUGAGAUGAAGUCUGGACUCUCUGAUGCAAGACACAACAAAUGUUAUUGAGAAUACAGUAGAAAGUUUGGAUCUCUGAUAGCCACAUUAUUCUGGUCAGUGUUAUUUGAAUGUGAGAUGAGGUAUCUUAAAUUGGACAUAGGUGACUGAAAAUAGGAAACUCACCACCUUGUGUCUGUUCUGCCAUUUGAUACAAUUGUGGUCAAUCAGGUUGUAGUCUUUGUUGUACUUCCCUGUCUACCUCUCAUAAAUAUAUCUAGUGUCUAUCUAGCUCUUCCUUAAACUCAAAUGUCCCUGCCUCUACUGCCUUAUUGGGAAGGAAGGCGAUGAGAUCUUUUUCCUAAGACUGAGACUUGUUAUUAUUAAACUAUAUCUCUUGGUUCUUGUGUCCUGAAGGAAACAUCCUCCCUGUACCUACCCUGUCAAGCCCCCUCAAAUAUUAUGUGUCUUAUAAGUUCACAUCUCAUUCUUCUAAAUUCUAAUUGGUAUAAAAUCUAUCAUCAUAAAAUAAGCCCUUCAUCCCAGGAAUGAGUCGAAUUAAAAACUGAGAAAGAUGAAUUGGCCUUCCAGGAACUGCUUCUAAUGGAAUUUCAUUUUUUUUUAAUAAGCGAACCAAAAUUGUCAAAUAGUUCUAUAGCUGGCUCUGUACAGUUGCAAUAAAACUUACCUUUUAUUUGCCAUAAUGCUUGCAAUAAAUUCCAGCAUUCCAUUUGCUUUCCUAACCAUUUGCGUGUUUACAUACUAACAUUGAAUUUCACAUAUCAGGACACCCAGUUCCCUCCGGGUUUUGCAAGCUCCCUCUAUUCAAACCCUGCUUUUGUAUUCAUCCUGCCACAGUGGACAAGUUCCGGUUUUUGACAUUGCGUUCAGUCUGCCAGGUUUUUGCUCACUUACUCAUUUAUGUAUCUUUGCAGACUCUCUACCAACUGUCAACAGCUUGCCUCCUUUGGUGUCAUCAGCAAAUGUAACAACUAUACAAUUAAUAUUUUUGUCCACUUUGUUGUAAAUUGUUGGGGAUCCAACACUGCAUCAUGUGACAUUCCACCAAUUGCUGUUUGCCAAUCCAAAAGGUGCAUUUAUUCCCUAUUGGUGAUCAAUCCUUUAUCCAGAACGUAAGAACUCAGAGCAGUGAGAGGCACCUCAACCCCUUGAGCUUGCUCCAUAAUUUGAUAUAAAAAAGCUAAUCUCACCGCAGCCUCAACUCCAUUUUUCUGCUCACUCCCAAUGAUCCCUUAACCCAUUAACUCAAUACUAAUUGAAAGUCUGCCUUCAUCUCUGUCUUGACCUUUUAAAACUGUGACUUCACAUUCUAGAUUGCCCCACAAGUGAAAGCAUCUGCUCUACAUCUACUUUGCUGAUCCCCUUCAGCAUCUAAUAGAUCUCAAUUAAAUCUCCUCAACCUUGUAAGUUCUGGCGAGUACAGGCUUAAACUGCUCAAUCUCUCCUUAUAUGACAAGCCUUUCAUCUCUGGAAUUAAUGCAAUUCGGAGAAGGUUCAUUGUCUCCAAUGCAGUUAUGUUUUUUCUCAAGUAUCUGUGUUAGUGUGUUAGCCCCCAAUAUCAUAGAUUCUUACCUUGUGGGAUAACCUUUGAUGCAGAACCUUGUGUCUUUUGCAAAUGUAAGUGCACCAAAUCUACAGGGUCCCCCUUAUCCAUUUUGUUUCCUUCAAAAAAAAUGCUAAUAAUUAAACAUGAUAUCACCUUCACAAAGCUUUAUUGAUUCUGCCUUAACACAUUAUAGCUGCUACUUAGAAAGUAACCUCAUCAUUGUGGAUUUUCACAAUUUCCCUAAGACAGAUGUUAGGCUAACUAGUGUACAGUUGCCAGCUUUCUGUCUCCUUGCUUUUGUGUAUAAAGGUGUAAAUGUAAUUUGCAAUCCUUUUGGUUUCCUUUCUGAAUUUAACGGAUUUUGCAAGAUCAUGAAUACCUUAACUACCUUUGCAAACACAUCUUUUAAGACCUUAGGAUGGAGGCCAUCUGUUCUGGGGUAUUACUCAGGCUUUAAAUCCCAAUAGUUUUCCCACCACAUUUUUUUCCCGGUGAUGUUGAUUGUUUUGAUGUCUUCCCUCCCUUUCUUUGUGUUAGUAUCUUUUGGAAACUUUGUCUUCUACAUUGAAGACAGACACAAAAUAUCUAUUAAAUUCCCCUAACUUUGCAGAGAAAGAACAGCAGUUUUAGUAAAACUCUUCCUUUAAGUACAUGUAGAAACUCUUACCUUUUGUUUAUAUAUUACAGGCUACCUUUUUCCUCAUACUUUUUUUUAAGCUAUUCUUUGGUCACCUUUUAAGAACUAGCAAUCUUCUGAUCCUUACAGAUUUGUACAGUUUUUCUUUUGAUUUUACGUAAUCCUUAACUUCCUCAUUUAGCCACAGAUGAUGUCUCUUGCUUUCUCAUUAGGAUAAAUCUUUACUGAUAGUUAUUAGAAGUCUUAAAUCUCUAAUAUCAUAUUUUAAUAUAUUUUCCCAGUUCAGUUCAGCCAAAUCUGCCUUCAUAGAUAUUUCUUAAUCAACCUGUUCAGGCACGUUAUGACAUACUCUGGAACAGGUGGGACUUGAAGCCAGGCCUUUUUGACGGAUUAACAUAAACUUCAAUAGGGAUUUGGUCAGUCAGUUUAAAUAAAACUAAGGAGUGAAUAUGAUAAAUGAAGUAAAGGCAGGUAAAUCGAAUCAAGGUACAAAUGAAAUAUAAAUUUUGUAUGAAAUAAGAAUUACAGAAUGGGCUUGGCUGAAUUGCUUGCACGUGUAUAUAUUGGAAAUAUUUCUGUAAUCCUUCCAUAAAAUAUGAAAAAUAUUUUAACUAAGUGGGCCCCAGCUCAAAGGUAAAAUACCGUAGAUACUGGAAACCUGCAAUAAACACUAAAAUGUUGCAAAUCAGUUCGACAGUAGCUGGGAAGUGGUGGUAGUGUACCCAUGCAUUUUUUAGUCAAUUUUCUUCUAAGCAGUCAAGGUUGUGAAUUUGGAAGUGCAGUCAAAGGUAUGUUGGCAAGUUGCUGCAGUGUAUCUUGAUUUCGAUACACUGCAUCAAUGGUGGGGUGAAUGAAUAUUUAACAUAGCAGAUUGAGUGUCAUUGAAGUUUUUCUUUAAAUGGUGUUGAUCUUGACUGUUAGAGACUUGUUCAUCCAAGGGAGUGAAGAUGUAUUCCAUCACAGAUUUGUGCCUUUUACAUGAGUAACAGACUAUUGUGAGUCAGAAGAUGAGUUACUUAGCGCAGAAUUUCCAACCAUUGACUGCUAUUGUAACCACAUGAUUUUUUACAGCUAAGUAUGUGGGCAUUGCUAACUUCUAGGCUGUUGAUAGUGAAAGGUCUUUUUCUUCAGUCUUUGUACUUGCAUUAAUGCUCUUCUUGGGCUAAUUUUUUAGAUUCCCAAUUUAAAUAUUUCUAACCAGUGUACUCAAGCUUGAUUCUCUGCUUUUUAGAUGAGUCAGUUUUGGUUGUCUGUUUAUCGUCUGAGGUUGAUUUUUUUUUGUUUCCGAUAAUUACUUAUAAACUUCACAGCUGCUCUUGGUCGCCAAACGGUAUUUAUAAUCAAUUUAGUUACAAUUUUGCAGAGAACGAGAGUCCAAAGCAAAAAUAGUUUUCACAGGCGUAUCAAUCUCUUAUGAAUUGCGCUUUUCACCCUUUCACACAAUGUAAAUGAGAUGUCGAUGAUAACCUGGUUGUGUUAUCUUUGCAUUAUGGGUUCUUCUAUCCAUUGAGAGUAAAUGUCAAAGCAUGUUACUUAAAACUAAUAGUCAAAUUUGUUUACAAUCCAAUAUAAUUACAGAGAAGGGACACAGCAAGUUAGUAGUAAUAAAGUACUAUAACUAUUUUUGUAAUAACACCUCACUAAGCUGCUAAGAAAUUAAAAUGAAGUUUGAUUAUUGUGAUCAUUGCAUGAUAAAUCUAUCCAUUACACAUUGAUUUUAACGUUCCUUCCACGGAGCAUUACCAAAAAUAUUUCAACCACGUGGAUACAAAUACUAUUUUGACAGCCUACUGUACAACUUAGAUUCCUAGUUCUAGAACUGACUGAUCAGUGCUUUUCUAAUAGAAAUCUGACUUUUCUUAGACUCACAUGUUGUUGCUGAAAAUAUAUUUGCAACUACUCAACUUACCAACUUUUCCUGAUGAAUUAGCAAGCAUAUUUUAAUGCUAUUGUAUUUUUGAAUGUAGCCAUUUGCAAGCCUAAAUACUGAUUUAAUCUGUGCGUAGAAAGUUAUUCAUGCCUUAUUAUGAGCUUAAGUAUAAUUUAGAAUUUACAACAUUGAGAGAAUUGUGGUGUUGAUUAGCAAAAUAUUUAUUUCAUUGACAUUGUGUUGGAUUAAAGAUUGCAUAUGUGCCAGGUUAUUUGCAAUGUAAAGUGCAACAGUUUUUUGGUCUAUAAAGUCAUGAUGGUCAUGUAUACGAGCUUCCAUUUAUUUUAUAAUACAA